UCUUUCUGUCCUCUGAACAUAAUAAAUCUCAGCAGCAAGCUGUUCUCUAUCCGCAGUAAAGCAUCCUCCUCCAUCUCCCCCCCUCAGCAACAAAUUAGGGCUAGGGUUUACGAUGGAGAAUUCAGAGAAGGCGAUGACGCUCAAGAUCUUCAACUCGAUGACGAAGGAGAAGGAGGUUUUCAAGCCCAAGGAAGAAGGGAAAGUGGGGAUGUACGUUUGCGGCGUUACCCCCUACGAUUUCAGCCACAUCGGCCAUGCUAGGGCUUACGUCGCCUUCGAUGUUCUUUACAGGUACCUGAAAUAUUUGGGUUAUGAGGUCAAAUACGUGCGCAACUUUACAGACAUUGAUGACAAGAUCAUUAAAAGAGCAAAUGAAGCAGGUGAAAAUCCAUUAACUUUGAGUGAUCGGUUUUCCAAUGAAUUUCUCCAAGAUAUGGCUGAACUUCAAUGCUUACCUCCUACAUAUGAACCUCGAGUGUCUGAUCACAUGGACCAGAUCAAAGACAUGAUAACUAAGAUUAUUGAUAAUAAAUGUGCCUAUGUUGUUGAGGGAGAUGUUUACUUCUCUGUCGACAACUUUCCCGAUUACUGCUGUUUAUCUAGGCGGAAACUGGAUGAUAACCGUGCAGGUGGGGGUGGUCGUGUCACUGUUGACCCAAGAAAGAAAAAUCCUGCAGACUUUGCUUUAUGGAAGUCAGCAAAGCCUGGUGAACCAAGCUGGGAAAGCCCCUGGGGCCCUGGAAGACCAGGAUGGCAUAUUGAGUGCAGUGCAAUGGGUUCUCACUAUUUAGGUCCUUCCUUUGAUAUUCACGGUGGAGGAAUGGAUUUGAUAUUUCCUCAUCAUGAAAAUGAAAUUGCGCAAAGUCGUGCUGCCUGUCCCGAGAGCAAAGUAAAUUAUUGGAUGCACAAUGGCUUUGUUAACAAAGACAAUCAGAAGAUGUCCAAAUCAGAUAAUAACUUCUUCACAAUCCGUGAUAUUAUUGCCAUCUAUCAUCCACUGGCUUUAAGAUUUUUCUUAAUGCGCACCCAUUAUCGAUCGGAUGUUAAUUAUUCUGACAGGCAGCUGGAUACAGCAUCUGAUCGUGUUUUCUAUAUAUAUCAGACUCUUCAUGAUUGUGAAGUUGCACUAUCACCGUUUUGUGAUGUCUACUCUAAGGCACAAGUCUCUGCUGAAGCCCAAAAACUGGUCGAGGAAUUCCAUGAAGAUUUCCUGGAUUCCAUGUCUGAUGAUUUACAUACAGCUAUUGUUUUGGAUAAACUUGAGAAUGUACUUAAGGCAAUAAACGGUACUUUGAGGAAGUUCAAGGGAAAGCAGCAGCAGCAACGGUUGUUUAAAGAUCUUAUUGCAUACGAAAAAGAAGUCAAGGAGGUUCUUGGUACUCUAGGCUUCAUGUCAUCUUCUACUUGUUCUGAGGUUCUGGAGCAGCUCAAGAAGUUGGCACUGAAGAGAGCAGGGCUCACAGACGAACAAGUACAGGAGAAAAUAGAGGAGAGAGCUUUAGCAAGGAAGAACAAGGAAUAUGAGAAAUCGGACUUGAUCAGGCAAGAGCUCUAUGCAAAGGGCAUCUCCCUAAUGGAUGAACCUAAAGGAACUACUUGGAGACCAAGCGAACCUCCUGAAUAGAAAUUUGAUGAGAGACUAAUAAACUUUGAGGUGGGUUCAUUUAUUUCUCUCCCGCUAUACGUAAAGUUGAGAUGUAUGAAGAGGAUGUCAAUUAGAUAACUUAUUAAGUAGAUAAACUUUGGGUUUGAUAAACCUGGGGAUUUCAUUUUGUAACUCGGAUGUUAAUUCCCUUGAGUGACUUAACUAACUGCCGUUGUAUUGACAUAUUACCAUGGAUUUUUUUUAUUCCCUCUCCCAUUUUUUAUUAGAAUUUAAAAACAGAUCAAGAGAUUGAGUA